AUGGACGCCGACCAGUGUAUCGACAUUCGCACCUCCAAUAGCAGCAGUAGCAGCAGUUGUGGCUCGAGCACGACCUCGGACAACGACAGCGACAUCGAGAGUGCAGUCGAUGACGACGGCACGAGCAAGCAUUCGGCUGCGCUCGAUUCGCUGGCGUGGGCACCGAUCCUCGUCGCUGUGGUCGCGAUCCCGACCGACGUCGUCACAGUUCUAUGGGGCUGCCACCACCCGCACAUCGACUGCUCUGCAGCGUACCCAACACUCGGCGUGGCCGCGCGCCACCGGCCGCAACUGUAUACCUACCUCGUUGGCACCGUUGUCGUGAGCGUGCUCUUCCUGACGACAGCCGCCCUCUUUGCAUGGUUUCUGCACUUGUCGCUGCCGCCGACGCACCGGCGAAUGGUAAUUAGCGUGCUGCUCGGUGGCGCGCUCACCGCCAUCUUGCUCGUCGUCGUUGCCAUCCACGAUACGCAGGGCCAUCCCGCCGGCGUCUCCCUCCUCUCCACCACAAGCUUUCUCACAACGUGGGCGACGCUGCUUCUCAUGCAGCACGCGCGCCGCACAGCUUUUGUCUUGCAUCGGACCAAGGACGUGAGCGAGCGACACCGACGCCUUCGCGGCAUCGCGAUCGGCGAGUACGCUAUUGUACUGAGCGCGAUGGCGUCCGUCGCCUAUGUCGUCACGGCGUUGGUCACAAGCAGCAGCAGCAAACUAUUAGGGCCGGCCGUGUACGAAGGCUUUGUUGUCGCCAGCUGGAGCACGCUGGUGGCCUCCUUUGCGACCGAAAUUGGACGACUGACCCGCUUGGUCGAACAGCACGACUUGAACGAGCUUUCGCGCCAAAAGUAA